CUCCAGAGCUCCCUGGAGUGGGAGGCUAUAUUGCCUGGCACUGAGCGAGGCACGGACUCUGGGACCUCAGCCCCGACGACUCUGGACACGGACCGUGCGCAGACACCCAGGGAAUUCCGAGCAGAGGAAGGGCCCGACAUGUGAAGGACGUGGGGUGAGGGGAGCGAGGAACCUGCGGAUCCCGGGAUUGCUGACACAGUAGCUGACAGACGAAGGGAGAGUUGGACUCAUUGAGGCCUAGGGAGACCCUCACACCAUCUCCCCGCCCGGCGCAGAGAGGAAUCCGUGGCUGUGCUGCGGAACCAGAGAGAGAGGAGGCCGACAGCGAUUCACCCUCACCAUGACGAGUUGCCGCCAUCACUCAGGAUACUUGGCAGACGAUGAGGCCGGCCACACCACUUACGUGGCCCGGCCGCCUAAGAAGCCACUGUUCCUGGAAAUGGGACAAGUCUCCAAGCUGGGCCACAUGCCACACCCACCAUCGAGGUACACUCUCACAGACAGUUCAGGGCUCCGUGGCCACCAACAAAACCCAAGGGACCCUCGGCCCUUUGGUAGCUUCCUGGAUUUCCUUGUCAAAGGCCAGGUGCUGGACAGCCUACAGACGGUGGUGGAGGAGGCCACUGAGCGCAUGACCACCAUGAAGACAGAGGCUGGAGUGCCACUGGUGGAGGUGCAGGACCCAAUAGAGGUACCAAGGGGUAGGAGGCGGGUACGUGCCCAGCCUAGCCUCAGUACCAUGCACCGGCACCGUGUCCGGCCCAGCCUCUGCAUUGGAUGUCCCAACAACUACCCAUCCUGCUCCAGCUCCAUGUCUGACUCCCAUAGCAGCCUCACAGCUGGCUGGCUGGGAUCCCACAACCAGGACAGUGACCUGGGCACCCGUGGCAUGGGCUCACUGCCACCUAUGAGGGACAAACUUUUGCUGGAGAAGAACCUCAAAAGGCUGCUGAAGCUGGAGAACAGAGGGAAAGGCCUGGAUCAGUCCUGCUUCCAGAGGGACUCCCUGCUGUGGGAUUCACUGGACAGCCAUGCCAGCAUCCAGUGGACCCGGGAGCCACCUCUGUCCUCAUUCUCAGGCCAGCUGGGCUCAAGCUCAGGCACACCUCAAACAUCAGAGCUGGGCCCUGGAGAACAGGAACUGAUCUGCCUCAAACAAGAGUUUAAUAAGGAGAUCAAGUCAUUGUUGAGCCAGCCAGCAUCCUUUGACCUGCCUGGCUACUGUUCAUUCCGUGAGCCCCAUCGGACUCUGGACUUUCUGGCUGAGCACCAGCUCUUCCCUGCCCUGCAGAGUGUGGUCAGCCAGGCUGUGGACAAGCUCCGUGGUGCCCGCCGCCAUGAUGGCUGCCCUCUCUUCCCAUCAGAAUGGGAGCCCGCAACAGAGCCCAACUCUGACUCCAUGCCAGGCUCCAAGCUAGCCACACCCACUGAUGAGGAGGAGCCCUAUGAUAUGCUACCCACCAGAACCUCCAGCCCCAAGAUGGCUCGCAGAAAGAGCACCAAGGGCAGAGGACAGGCCAAGCCCAAGGAAGGUGGUUCCCCCAUGUCCAGUGCCCAAGUGGCCACCAGACUCAGGCUCAAGAGCCCCAGUUACAAGUUCAUGAAGAAGAAGCCACUGCCCUCCAUCUCAUCCAAGUCUACCAUAUCCCACCUCUCCAACCCCUUGUACCAGGAGCUCAUCAACUACUUGGUGGAGCAGGCUGUGUCCUUGCUCAUCUGCAAGUACAAAUUCGAGAAGAACCUUUCCAAGCAGCUAGGCUUCAUCUCAUUCCCUGUCACCGAGACGCUCGUGGACCUCCUCCUGGGCUUCAAGAAAGUGAAGGGCUCUCACAUCUGCCUGUCCUCAAAGAUCAACUGGAGCUGCCUGUUGCGCAAGCUGGAGGAGGCAGAGUGGGCCCGACAGCUGUCUAGACAAGGGUCCCAGCGCGACUCCCACCGCGGCACCGCCCACCGCAGCACUGCCCACCAGGGGGCGCCCCGGAGCAACACGGAGUCCCCCUCCACGCUGCCUGAGCCGUCCACCCAAAAGAAUCAGGAGGAGGACACAGAGCCCACUCUCCACAGUGAGUUGCUGGACCCUCAGCUCCUCCCAGCUCAGGAGGAUACUACACUCGAGGAGAAGGAGCCCAAGAUCCAGGAGGAGCCCAGGCCCUUCAUGUUCACUGGCACAGACAGGGGCUCCGAUCUGUGUCAGGAAGUUGUAGACAUGGACAGUCAAGGUGAUGAGGAGGAAGAGGACGAGGACAAGAAUGAUGACUUCUUUGGGGACAAGGGCAAACCCCAGAGCUCUCCCGAGUCUCAAGUGGAGGCCGAUGUCAGCAGUGACUCCAGAGAUGUGGGCCACAGUCACGCUCCGUGAGGCCUAUGAGUUGCACCCAGUGCUUGAUUCCCUGCUCCUCCUCUUGCUCCAAUGGAGUGCUACCCCCCCACCCCCCGCCACACCGGCCCUUGCCCUGAGCAGAGGUCAGGGUGGUCUGAAUGCCCACGAGGAGCUCUGCUGGCCUAUCAGGAAAGCCAGAGGGAGAAAUAAAGUCUGUGUUGAUGGA